UUGAUUAACCAGCUUUGUAGGAAGGCUGCUUCACUGACAUCCUGCUCUGCCUGGGGUGAUAUUUGGCCGGAGCUUUGGUGAGCAGAAAAAAUGUCCACUCGCUACCACCAAGCUGCUAGUGACAGCUACCUGGAACUUCUGAAAGAGGCUACCAGGAGAGAUCUGAAUCUUUCUGAUGAAGAUGGCAUGACUCCCACACUCCUGGCAGCCUACCAUGGGAACUUGGGAGCCCUAGAAAUAAUUUGCAGCAGAGGAGGGGAUCCUGAUAGAUGUGACAUCUGGGGAAAUACUCCUUUACAUUAUGCAGCCUCCAAUGGUCAUGCUCACUGUGUCUCAUUCCUGAUCAACUUUGGUGCCAACAUCUUUGCCCUGGACAAUGAUUUACAGUCUCCACUGGAUGCUGCUGCCAGCAGAGAGCAGAACGAAUGUGUUGCUCUCUUGGAUAAGGCCGCCACUGCCCAGAACAUCAUGAACCCCAAGAAGGUCACCAGGCUGAAGGAGCAGGCUCAGAAGAAUGCCAGGAAGCAGAUCAAAGAGUGCGAAAGGCUCCAGGAGAAGCACCAAAAUAAGAUGGCCCGUACCUACAGCAAGGAGGAGUCUGGGACGCUUUCUUCUUCCAAGAGCACUUUCUCCAGGUCAUCCUUUUCAAAUGCUUCUGCAUCCAAUACAUUCGGGUCACUGUCUAAGAGCAUUAAAGACACUUUCAAGUUAAAGUACAAGAAGAACAAAGAUACAGCAGAGCAGGUAGGGAAGGAGAGCAGAAGUGGGCAGAGGAAUGUGAUGGAAGUGUUUAAAGAGGAAGAGGAGGAGGAGGAAGACAAAUUCUCAGGGGACUUCAAAGAGAAACUCCAGUUCUCAUUAAAAGGGGACAGCUAUGUGCAACAUGAAUCCAUCCUCAACCGUCCAGGUCUAGGAAAUGUUGUUUUUCAAAGCAACAGAAUCUUGAGCCCUGAAGACAUCUCAGAUAGCAAGAGGGAGUUUGGGUUUAAAAUGCCCAGUGAAUUGCUUCAGAGACAAGAAGCAUCUGAGGCAGAGGAAGAGGAAGAGGACAACCAGCAUGAGGAUGAUCUGCCUUGGGAUGAGGAUGAAGUGGAGUGGGAGGAAGAUGUGGUUGACGCUACUCCCCUGGAAGUGUUCUUGCAGUCCCACCACCUGGAAGAAUUCCUUCCUAUUUUCAUGAGAGAGCAGAUUGAUCUGGAAGCGCUCUUGCUUUGCUCUGAUGAGGACCUUCAGAGCAUACAAAUGCAGCUGGGUCCCAGGAAGAAAGUUCUUAAUGCCAUAAACAGAAGGAAGCAGGUGCUACAACAGCCUGGGCAGUUGGUUGACACCAGCCUCUGAUGAAGUAUUGGGUCCAUGGGGUGAGUCUGCAGCAGUGGGGUGAUGCUGUGGCUCAAUGGAAACAUUCUAGGCAUUACCUACUAGUCUACCCAGGAUUAGACUGCUGGGUUUCUAGGGUUCUCGGAGGAGUCUACCCAAGAAAGAGGUCCAAAUUCUACUCUUAGAAAUACUCUAUACCUGUCCAAAUAAACCACCAGUGAGAAAUUCAAGGAGACCUGGGAAUAAGAAAGUGUCAUUUCUCUUUGAUUAUCUUUUUGAUCUUUUUGAAUAUAGAAAGGAUUAAAUGAAUGACAGAAAAGGGGAAAAAAAACUUUCUUUACUUUCCUAACUCUGGACUUAAAAUUGUAAUCUCUCAUCACACACUUAAUUUCUGAUCCUUAAAGUCUGGGGAUUCUAACUCCAGUUCUGGCCUUAGCUCUAUGGCUUUAUCUGUUGGUGGAGACUAAAUUUCCUCCAUUGGCCUAUGGCUUAAUGCCCAACUUGAAUGUGUUUAACUCUUCAACAGAUGUUUACAUGUGUGUAUAAAGAAUAGAAAUAAGUCUAUAAUACUUCUGACAGGAGGGCAGGUAGAGAGAGACAAGAAUGAAACAGAAUGUAUGGUACCUGUUAUGGAUGGAAUUUUGUUCUUCUAAAAUUCCCAUGUUGAAACCCUAACCCUCAAUGUGACUGUAUUUGAAGAUAAGACCUUUAUUACAGAGGUGAUGAAGGUUAAUGAGAUCGUAAAGAUGGGCUCUAAUUCUACAUGACUUCCUUUAAGAGGUUGAAACAGUGGCCAUGUGCAUGCACAGAGAAUAUGUGACGUGUAAGCAAGGAGGGAAGCCUCGGGAAAAACCAAACCUUCUAUCUCCUUGGACUUCGAGUCUGCAAAACUGUAAGAAAAUAAAUUUCUGUUGUUUAAAUCA